UGGAGGCUAUAAAAACAAUUGCCAAUUCGCUUCCGGCACUCAGUUCUCGUCGAGUUUGUGUCCAGGAUGGGACGAGUUCCGCCAAAGACGCUUCCGCUCCUCGCGCUCCUCCUCCAGCUGCUGGUGCCCGCCAACUACGCUAUUGAGUGGACGCUUCCGGAUGUGAUCGAUUCCAUCGGAAGUGUGGGCACCAGCAUAGUGGAUCCCGGUCUUUUGCCCACACCCCAAGGACUCCUCGAUGGCAGCAAGCAGCUUAUCGCGGGAUAUCCAUUCGAGUUCGUUUCCAACUCCAUAAACGUGAUUUGCUCCCAGGCGCUGGCUUCAAACAAAAUCAGGUCGAAAUACUCGCCGGAUAUCAAUCAAAUGAACUUCCAGCUGCAAACGGCGUGUGUAAAGAAAAAUUUUCCACUUACAAAUCCUGAGGCCAUGUGGAGGAGUCCCCUGUUCGAUGCCAAGAAGAAGGUCGUCAUCCUGGCCACCGGAUGGACCACCACCGUGAAUGGUUCGGAUACCAUCGAUGUCUUCUCCAAGGCCUAUAAUUGCCGUGGGGAUGUCAACUUUGUGGCGGUGGAUGCUGCUCGUUUCGUGGAUACCCUGUACACCUGGUCGGCCUUCAAUACGGAGGAGAUUGGCGAGAACAUCGCCUUGGGUUUGGUGAAGCUGCUCGAUCUGGUGCCGGUGGAGAACAUCCAUCUCAUUGGCCAUAGCCUGGGCGCCCACAUUGUGGGAUCGGCGGGACGGCACCUGCAGCGCCUGACUAAUCAGACGAUACCCAGGAUUACUGGCUUGGAUCCGGCCAAGCCGUGCUUCAACGAGGGUGAAGUCCUCUCGGGUCUGAUGCGCGGAGAUGCCCGCUUCGUCGAUGUGAUCCAUAGCAAUCCCGGAGUGCUGGGCAAACGGGAUCCGGUGGGCGAUGUGGACUUCUAUCCGGGCGGCAUGAGUCCCCUUCCCGCCGGCUGCUUCUCGGUGACCUGUGCCCAUGCCCGAUCUUGGGAGUAUUUUGCGGAAACCAUUUACCCAGGAAACGAGCGUAACUUCCUGGCCGUUCGCUGCAAUUCGAUAUCCAGAAUGCGCGACUUCCGAUGUCCGGGCGACGAUGUGCCCAUGGGCUAUCAGGUGCCGCAUAACAUCAAGGGCAACUACUUCCUGGAGGUCAACGGCGCCCUACCGUACGGCUUGCAUGCCUCCGCCGUGCGAACGGCCCACUUGGAGAACUGCGGCAAGUGCCCCGAACCCACGACCACCACGGAAGCGCCCAGUAGCACAAGCACGGGAAAACCGGGAGCCUGGUUCUCAGGAUGAGCAGGUAUCCUCCCAAUCCACCUCCCCAUAAUUUAUCCUAAGCUAGAAAUAAGCCUUGUUUUUUUUUGUUUUUGCUCAAACCGAUUGCGGUCGAUAAGCAAUACACUAUUUGCCUUCUAAGCGUUGACAAUUCAAUUAAAUUUGAAGUAAGUAGCAGGCCCACGAACUUGGAAUACCCUAUAUAUGUGAUAACAAAGGAUAAUGGUAAAAGGCAAAAGCAGUCUAAAAUAAAUAUAAAUAGACCAACCAAUAAAGUUAAGUCUUAUGACAUUGGCUAAGAAACCUUA